AAAGAAAAAGGAUAUGGAAAGCUAAGCAGUGAUGAAGACAUCGAAAUAAUUGUUGAUCAAAACCAGGGGAAAAGCUCUAGGGCAGCCGAUAAGGCUGUUGCCAUGGUGAUGAAGGAGAUACCGAGGGAGGAGUCUGCUGAAGAAAAGCCCCUCCUUACUAUGACAUCACAGCUGGUGAAUGAGCAGCAGGAAAGCAGACCCCUCCUAAGCCCUUCUAUCGAUGACUUUCUCUGUGAAACCAAGGCGGAAGCCAUUGCCAGGCCAGUUACAUCGAAUACAGCAGUAUUAUCAACAGGUUUAGAUCUCUUGGACCUGAGUGACCCUGUGUCACAAACCCAAAACAAAACCAAGAAGCUAGAGACUACGCCAAAGGCCUCAAGUCACAAGAAGAAGGCUGAUGGUUCUGACCUUAUCAGCACCGAUGCUGAGCAGAGAGGCCAGCCUCUGAGAAUCCCAGAGACAUCAUCGUUAGAUUUAGAUAUUCAAACACAACUGGAUAAAUGGGAUGAAGUCAAGUUUCAUGGAGACAGAAAUAGCAAAGUCCAUGCCAUGGCAGAGAGGAAGUCAGCCUCAUCCAGGACUGGAUCAAAAGAACUUUUAUGGUCUUCGGAGAGUAGAUCUCAGCCAGAAUUGACUAGCGGAAAAAGUGCCCUCAAUUCUGAGUCAGCUCCUGAUUUAGACUUAGUGCCUCCAGCACAGGCUCGCCUGACCAAAGAACAUCGCUGGGGAAGUGCAUUGCUCUCCAGAAACCACUCGUUAGAAGAGGAAUUUGAAAGGGCAAAAGCAGCAGUGGAGUCAGACACAGAGUUUUGGGAUAAGAUGCAAGCAGAAUGGGAAGAAAUGGCUCGAAGAAACUGGAUAUCUGAGAACCAAGAAGCCCAAAAUCAAGUGACGAUUUCUGCUAGUGAGAAGGGGUACUACUUUCACACAGAAAAUCCUUUCAAAGACUGGCCUGGAGCUUUUGAAGAAGGAUUGAAAAGGCUGAAGGAAGGGGACUUGCCUGUCACUAUACUGUUCAUGGAGGCAGCGAUCCUUCAGGACCCUGGGGAUGCUGAGGCCUGGCAGUUUCUGGGUGUAACCCAGGCAGAGAACGAAAAUGAGCAAGCUGCUAUCGUCGCCCUCCAGAGGUGCUUAGAAUUACAACCCAACAACCUGAAGGCUCUGAUGGCCUUGGCUGUGAGUUACACCAAUACUGGCCAUCAACAAGAUGCUUGCAGCGCUCUGAAGAAUUGGAUUAAGCAAAAUCCCAAAUAUAAAUACUUAGUGAAGAACAAAAAGGCAUCUCCAGGCCCAACCCGAAGGAUGUCUAAGUCACCAGUUGAUAGUUCAGUCCUGGAAGGAGUUAAAGAACUGUACCUGGAGGCUGCCCACCAGAAUGGAGAGUUGAUUGAUCCUGACCUGCAGACCGGCCUGGGGGUGCUAUUCCACCUGAGUGGAGAAUUCAGUCGAGCAAUAGAUGCAUUUAAUGCUGCCUUAACAGUUCGGCCUGAGGAUUAUUCAUUAUGGAAUCGCCUUGGUGCCACAUUGGCCAAUGGAGACCGCAGUGAGGAAGCCGUUGAAGCCUAUACCCGAGCUCUGGAAAUCCAGCCUGGUUUUAUCCGGUCCAGAUACAAUUUGGGAAUUAGCUGCAUCAACCUGGGAGCUUACAGGGAGGCAGUCAGCAAUUUCCUCACUGCCCUGAGUUUGCAAAGAAAGAGUAGGAACCAACAACAAGUUCCCCAUCCGGCCAUUUCUGGAAACAUCUGGGCUGCCCUCAGGAUUGCUCUCUCCAUGAUGGACCAGCCAGAGCUAUUUCAGGCAGCUAACCUUGGGGACUUGGAUGUCCUACUAAGAGCUUUUAACCUGGAUCCAUGAGGAAGAGAUGAUUUCGCCACCCACCCAGGCCACCGGAAAAAAAUAAUUGUGAUGUCAUGAAAAUUGCAAAAACUAUUUUAUUAUGAAUUUCAAAAGGAGAAAUCAGAUGUUCAAAAGACCACAGAUAUGCAACCCAAGGGAACCCCUCCCAGCGCUGCCCAAUUUCCGUCCAAGUUCAAAAGCACAAAAC